UAACAACGUUGUGUAGGGCAGAAAGAGUUCGGUAGGAGGUUCUCUGCCUGGAACACGCCUUGGCAGGGAACAGAUCUCUGAUCUCAGAGGCAAUAAGGCAUCAGGACCGCAGCGAGCUGGAUUUGUGGAGCUGGAGCAUCGCCUGGCACACGGUGUCUGUCUGUCUGUCUGACCCUCGGGUGCUGCCAUGCCGGAGGGUGGAACUGGUGCAACCCGCUUGCAUGAGCGCAACUAAGUAAAACCUCUUCUAGUUUGACUUUCUUAGAGAGCAGAGGGGCCAGCGGAGGAUGCGGUGUGGGAGAUGAGCGGUCCCAAGGAUGACGGCCGUUGUCAGAAGGCAGUGCGCAUUGUCACCGAGCUGUGCCGCAAGAAAAGCCUGCCCAGCUUGGACCUGGACACUUGCAGGGAAUUCCUCCUGCUGCCUUCCGACCAGAGCCUGACCAUCUCCGAGCCAGAGCUCUCCGUCAGCCUCCUUGCGGUGAUAGUUAUUGUGUGUGGACUGGCCCUGGUGGCAGUUUUUCUCUUUCUCUUUUGGAAGCUGUGCUGGGUUCCCUGGAGGAACAAGGCCGUUUCUUCUCACCCGGCCGUCUCGCAGCGCGAGGCAGACUGCGCUAAGGAGAGCAUGGCAGACAAGCUCAAGGACACGGGCGCCAUAAGUUUCCUGGAGGCAGCGGUGAAGAUCAGCCACACGUCACCAGACAUCCCCGCGGAGGUCCAGAUGUCCAUGAAGGAUCACAUCAUGCGGCGCACGCGGAUGCAGAGGCAGACGACGGAGCCUGCGUCCUCCACCAGGCACAUCUCCUUCAAAAGGCACCUUCCUCGGCAAAUGCACGUGUCCAGCAUGGACUAUGGCAUGGACCCACCGGCUGUGGCUGAGCAGCCCACCAGCAUCGGUCGCAUUAAGCCCGAGCUCUAUAAGCAAAAAUCCGUUGACUCCGAGGACCCCAAAAAAGAGGCAGCAAAGACCUGCGGGAAAAUUAACUUCACUCUCAAGUACGACUACGAGAAUGAGACUCUGACGGUGCGGAUUCUCAGGGCUUUUGACUUGCCAGCCAAAGACUUCUGCGGCAGCUCAGAUCCCUAUGUGAAGAUCUACCUCCUGCCCGACAGAAAGCGCAAGUUCCAGACGCGAGUCCACAGGAAGACUCUGAAUCCCACAUUCGACGAGUCCUUCCACUUCCCCGUGCCCCACGAGGAGCUGGUGAGCAGGAAGCUCCACCUGAGCGUCUUUGACUUUGACAGGUUCUCCAGACACGACAUGAUAGGAGAAGUUAUCUUGGAGAACCUGUUUGAGGCCUCGGAUCUUUCCCGGGAGACAACCAUCUGGAAGGACAUUCAGUAUGCGACGACGGAAAGCGUGGACCUGGGAGAGAUCAUGUUUUCCCUUUGUUAUUUGCCAACUGCAGGUCGCCUCACCUUAACAGUCAUUAAAUGCAGGAAUCUCAAAGCGAUGGAUAUCACUGGUUACUCAGAUCCAUAUGUCAAAGUGUCUUUGCUCUGUGAUGGGCGAAGACUGAAAAAGAAGAAAACCACCAUAAAGAAAAACACACUUAAUCCCACUUACAAUGAAGCAAUAAUCUUUGACAUCCCCCCAGAGAACAUGGAUCAAGUCAGUCUACUUAUCUCCGUCAUGGAUUACGAUCGAGUGGGUCACAACGAGAUUAUUGGGGUUUGCCGUGUGGGGGUCAACGCUGAAGGGCUGGGCAGAGACCACUGGAAUGAGAUGCUGGCGUACCCGCGCAAGCCCAUCGCACACUGGCAUCCAUUAGUGGAGGUAAAGAAGUCUUUCAAAGAGUGGCACGGCCGGGCAGCGAGUUUUGACAGCCAGGGCUCCUGUCCCUCGCCCAAACCACCACCCACCCCGUGAUACAGACGGCGGCGAGGAAAAUGGGACUAAACCAAGUUAUUUUUGCACUUGGCCUACAGUCUCAGUAAUUUGUUGCUGAGUGGCACUGGCAGCAGCGAGACUUUCCAGUCUAGCUGUUCCCACGUAAGUAAAGGCAGAAACCCGUUUUGUGGUCAAAUAUGUCUUUGUCUAAUACGUCUCCCAAGGUGAUGUUUAUUUUCUCGUGGCUUUUACUGUAUGGAUCCGUUUCCAGAGGAAGAAGGUAGACUGAGACAUGAGCUGGAGGUUUGGUAUGUAAAAACAACAUGUAAAAUAGUUUUUAGGCUGUAUGAAGGCUGGAAAAGCGCAAAGAUGCUCUGAGUGUCUACAGAGAGCACGGGUGGCCGGGAGAGGGGACACUGGACCGGUCGCACCUGGAAGAGCAGCAGCAGCAAAAGACGCGUGAGACCUUGGGAUCCGCGAGUGGCUCUUUCCUCUUGUGCUCAGCCCAAACCCAGCAGCGUGUCCACAGGUUUCCUCUUCAUGUAGAGGUGUUCAGGAGCUCUUAGAAGUCUGUGCGGUGUGUAUCCCAAAUUCCUUUUGUCAUAUAUAAAAAAAUGCUGUUGAUUCCUCUGGGGAGAAUUCUUUUUUCCUGUGUUUGAAGCCUCCCCAGAGCUUCUUGCAUGAGCAAUUUCCUAAGACCCCUUCGUAGCUGCUGCUCAUUCCUCCCGUGCAUCACCACGUUAUCUGGAGUGGAGAGAAUUACGUUGCCCCAAGUCCAAGUGGGGUUUGGACAUAAAGGGGGAAAGAUGUUACAGAAAUGGGCGACAUCCUUGCAUGAGCACUAGGUCUUCAUUUCUUACAUCAUCCCAGUAAUAAAGGGAGAACAAAAGGGUAGAGGGAAAUACAGAAACACCACCAAUACUAAAAAAAACGCUUCUAAAGUUUUUUUCUUGAACUAUCAGCACUCAAUGAAAAAAGUUUCUAAGGCCCAAGCCCUGGAGGAAGAUCAAGUUUUGAAAACAAAAUGAAACUUUAGAGGUCAAAAAUGAAGCUAAACAUCCCAAGCGCUGACUCUGCGAACACAGCUAAACCAGCUGAUCUUUAUCAGCCAGACGUGGAUUUUGGACACUUUCUCAUAGUGGAUUUUUCUCCAAGUUAAUAAGGGCAUUAGUGCUGUUUGUUCCACUGUAACUAAAUUAAGUAAAUGCAAAUAUUUUGGUUCCGAGUUCAAAUUUGCUGGCAAGGCAGCCAUUUCUCCUCACUUCAGGCUGGCAGAACUGCACACAUUGGCCACCAUCUUCAGGUCAACUUCAGUUUCCAUUCUCCUAAACGCCACAGCAUCAGCCUCCACCGAACAUCACAACUAGCAGAGAAGGGUGUAUUUCUGCAUUGUUUUUCUGAGUAAGAUGAAUCCUUUGUUCAGUGAAGGACAAACACGUAAUUUCUCAUCACACCUUGUGUCUUAAUUCUCUUUUAUGUGCCACAUGCUAUAGAAGCAGAAACUCAAUAAAAUUAUUUGAUUUGUAA